AUGCCGAUAGGACCAGAAAAAGCGCUGCCUCUGCCAGCAGGAUUCGACGACGUGGACUCGUACGUGGACUCGUUGCUCCAUUUUGGGACGUCGUCAUGGCUUCUGCAAACCCUGUGCGGCGGCGUGCACAUUCUCGACUUCUUCACGCGGGACCCGGACAUCUACUCGCAGAUCCUGCCACAGGAUUGGCGGGACUGGUUCGAGAAGCAGGAGGACAUCAUGCCGAUUCUGGAUCUCUUGAUGCGUGAUGACCUGGGUGUGCAUCUUCAGUCUGCGAGUGGUUGUGAUGGUGGGGAGAACGUGAAGACUUGUUGGCAAGGGGGCCCACCGCCGGCGUCGCUUGUCGAGUAUAUCGCUGAUGUGCGUCGACAUCUCCUGGACCGCCGGUUUGAGCCCUUGCAAGCACCACCGCCUACGAAGCCGGAUGUCAGAAUGCACAAGCAUGGCAUAACCCUGCAGAUCGCGGUCGGCAUGAAAGACAAGAAAGUCCACGAGGUCGACAAUUUUGCUAGAUAUGUGGACAGACUGACUGCGGAUAUUGCCGCGAGUAAGUCGCGCAACAUCACGCAUCUUGUCGACUUUGGAUCGGGGCAGAACUAUCUCGGCAGGGCGCUGGCGAGCGAGCCGUAUAACAAGCAUCUGAUUGCGGUAGAGAGUAAGCCGCAUAAUAUCGAGGGCUCAAAGAUCAAGGAUAUGCGCGCGCAGAGGUCGAGGAAGCCGGUCGUUAUUGUGAACAAGAAAGCUCACCGCACCGAGCGCUAUGGUUUGAACGCGAGGAAUGGCUACAAGAAAGGGGAGACUCCGAAGCCAUUGCGUGAAGGUCUUGCAGAGAGUGCUUCCCCGAUAACUGAACCUACUCCAAAUGUCGCUCCAGAGCACGCAAAGAUGUACAAGGAGGCCUCAGACAGGGGGCAAUCAGCAACAGAUUUGACAAGGGGGCCGGUGAGGGCAAAGUUGGACAUCCCGCAGGAGGGCAAGGGCACGACGCAGUAUGUCGCGCACAGGAUAGAGGAUGGAGAUCUGUCUGUGGUGAUAGACCAAAUCGUAGACACUGACCAGCUUCCUGAUGCCACCAAAGACAUGUCCUCUCUCGCGAUCACAGAUUCCAUCUUAGCAGAGACCAAGGCCCAAGAACCCAACCUCAUGACAAUAUCCCUCCACUCGUGCGGAAACCUGCUCCAUCAUGGCCUCCGCACCCUGACCCUCAACCCGAAAGUCAGCGCUGUCUGCAUGAUCGGCUGCUGCUACAACCUCGUUACAGAACGCCUCAGUCCUCCCUCAUACAAACUCCCUUCCCUUCGAUCCAACCAUCCUCGCCUCAUCUCGACAUCAAAUGCACGCGAUCCCCACGGUUUCCCCAUGUCAACCCGCCUCGCAACCUACAAAAUGCCUCCCCUUGACCUCCCCAAACACAUCCUCACCAACCCCGCCAUGACAGACGGCAUCGACGACAUAUCUUCCCUUCCCCGCGGCGAAGGCAUAAACCUCAACAUCACCGCACGUAUGAUGGCCGUGCAAGCCCCUCAAAAUUGGGGCCCUGCCGACAGCGACGCCUUCUUCACCCGCCACUUCUACAGAGCCCUCCUACAACGUAUCUUCCUCGACCUAGACCUGAUUCCGGCCCCGAUACCAACAGCAUACACAAUGUGCUUUUCCAAGGACACACCCGCGCACGACCGCGCUUCGCAGAAUCGUCCGCCGCGCUCACCCGCGGGCAGCGGCAGCGGCGGCGACCCCAUCAUCAUCGGCACGCUCAAAAAGGCAGCAUAUGCGUCCUUUGUCAGCUACGUGCGUGCGGCAGGUGAGAAGUUGGCCGGCACGCUGACGGCGUACGACCACCACUCGGCGCCCAACCCGGCGAUCGCAACUGGUCUGGCAGCACUGACGGACGAGGCGAUUCUGGAUUACGAGCGGCGGUAUGCGCAUCGCAAGCGGCAGCUGAGCGUGGUGUGGUCGCUGAUGGCGUAUUCGGCGGGGGUGGUGGAGGCGAUUAUGGUGGUGGAUCGCUGGGCUUGGUUGCGGGAGCAGGAGUGUGUUGGGGAGGCGUGGGUGGUGCCUGUGUUUGAUUAUGCGCUGAGUCCGCGCAAUUUGUGUGUUGUUGGGGUGAAGAAGUAG